AUGGCAAGUGCCAAUCCACGUCUGACGCAAGCAGCCUACCAAGCGCUACCAGGCUCGCCUCUAGAUCUCGACAAGUCACUGUACGAUCGUAUCGGAUCUUGCUCGCGUAAGCUCACUUUUUCCUUGACCUUGCCCAUUCGGAGCGGCAAAGCAUGGUCUGUCAAAGCAGGCCAAGUGUGCCGCAUCGUAGCCGUCGCUGGUGCUCAAGUCGGCGAUCUCAAUAUCUGGUCGCUCCACAAUCCACGAGAGCGGUUCUGGGCCUCGCGUACACGUCAACUUCAGCGCGCACACGUAUCCAUCUAUGACCGUCUCUGGAGCUGCUUGCCCUAUCUGCGACCCCUGUGUACCAUCACCGGUGACUCGCUCGCCAAUUACGGCCAAGGCGGAAACGGUCAAGGAGGUGGUGUGGAUGCCGAGGGGGGCAGAGUGCAUGAUCUGUUGGGAACGCGGUGCGAUCCGUAUGUGAACCGCAUGCUCACCGGUCAGGACUUUGACUAUCACUGCCAUUCGAAUCUGACGCGCGCUGUACGAGAGUUUGGGCUGGAUGAGGCGGAUGUUCAUGACGUACUCAACGUUUUUCAAUGCACCGGCUUGAACGGGGAGGACAAGUACUUUAUGAAGACUUGCCCCGCCAAGAAGGGCGACUUUUUCGAGUUCUUUGCCGAAACCGAUCUGCUAUGUGCGCUGAGCACGUGCCCAGGAGGUGAUCUGAGUAAAGCCAUGUGGGGCGAAGGGUCCGCUUCGGAAGCGAAUGCGGGGGAUGAUCCAACACUGGAAUGCUGCAGACCGUUGGGCGUGGAAGUCUACGAUCUGUUGGACAAGCACAAAGUGCUGCAAGGGUGGAAAGAGCCAGAGCCGUAUGGCAGAUUGUACAAGGGCCAGCAUGGAGGCAAGGCUAAGGAAUGGGGUUCGUAG